UUGAAGUGACAAUGUCAAACAGCUUUUAUCAUGGAUAGUCUUAAUAUUUCAAUGGAUGCUAACAAGACACUUUCUGUGGAUAACUGGAUCGAAGAAGCAUUGUUGCCUAGCAUAUUUCUUGGCAUCUGCUUUCUUAUUGGCAUCCCAGGGAAUACGCUGGUAAUUUGGACUGUUCUUUUUAAACUCAAACAACGUUCUAUCACUGUGAUGGUGAUCGUUAACCUGGCUGUUGCAGAUUUUGUUGUCCUGUUCACGUUGCCGCUUUGGAUACAUUCUCUUCUUGAUGCCUGGUACUAUGGUCUGGCUGCUUGCAAAGUUCUGACGUAUGUCAUUUACAGCACCAUGUAUUCCAGUGUGUUUCUUAUUACACUGAUGAGUUUAGAUCGCUUUAUUGCUAUAAUAUUUCCAAUUUCAAGCAAAACAUGGAGGAAGAAAAACAUCUUAUACUCAAUAAUUACAGGGAUAUGGAUGUUGGCUUUAGUGUUUGCUAUCCCUGUUCUGUUUGUUCAGACAACUGUUGUAAGAAAUGGGCAUGUUAAGUGUAUUGAAAGAUUGUACACAUCUGAUCAGCAGCACAUAGCAGUUCUUCUGCUUGAAACAUUAAUUGGAUUUAUCAUCCCUGUCUCAGUGCUGUCUGUCUCUUAUACCUGUGUGGCAAAAAGAAUUAAAAAAAUGACAUUUCAAAGAAAGAACCGAUCAGAAAAAUUGAUUGCAUGCAUAGUGAUUGCAUUUGCUCUUUGCUGGCUUCCUUACCAUUUGUUGAACAUUAUUGGUAUAAUUGCCAUAUCAGUAAAGCACUCCUGCCCAGAAACUUCAAGGACACUAUUGAAUGGAAUUACAACAGCGGAGAACAUUGCAGGAGCUUUGUCCUUUAUCAGUAAUUGUUUAAACCCAAUCCUAUAUGGUUUUACUGCCUGGAGCAUUCAUAGAAACCUAAAAACAUCUUUUAUUCAGUUGUUCAGGCAGCUGGCUUCUAUUCCAAAGGAAAAUCAUACUGAACAUACCUCACUAGGUUUCUAGCUUUGCCAUCUCUCUGUUACAUCAGUAGAUACCUAGUCCAAGGACAAUGAAUCCAGUUCUUUAUGUAUCACUAGAACAGGUUAAAUGCUGAGCAGUUUCUAACCAGCUUUGCCAUCAUCUGAGUUGGAAGUGAGUGACAAAUUAAAACAGUUAGUAGUUUAAGUCAAAUUGUAUGAUGAAAUCAUACAAACAAUAUGCAACUUAAUAUUAAAUGAAAUACGCUGAGCUAACCUUGUACAAGGGUAAAUAAUUUAUAAAGUUGUCACACUGACCUACUGUGACAGUCACACUAAAAUGUUGAAUGCCACUAUCGCUUGCUGUUAUAACAGUAAAAAUUAGAUGUAAGAAAUAAAAUAUGUCAAAAUAAACAUUUUCUUACUAAGCAA